CAGAAUCCCUUAGUUCAUGGAGUUCCCACCUCAGUGAUCUUGGAUUCUAGAAAAGGUUGGCUAUUGACUGGAACCGACAAGGGACUACUCUGUCUAUGGGAUAUAAGGUUUUCAGUUCUUGUAAAGUCUUGUAAGAUUAUAUCUAGGAGCCUGAGUGUUGGUACACAGAUUAAACAAUUGAUAUUGUUGUCUCCAGAUUUCAGAAUUGAUUCGAGCUGCGAGUAUUUUGCAGCCAUCGGAGGAACAUCAGAUCCCGUGAUAACCAUCUGGGAAAUACCUACACUAGAGUGUAGAGAAAUUCUAUCACCAUACGAACCCAACCCGACAGUCCAACACUACUCGAUAGAAGAGAUCAAGGACAGCUCGAAUUCUGUGAAGGAUAUUCUAAAUGAACUUCCUUUAGACCUUGAACAGGCGCGUAUAAAUGACAAUCUCGGAUACAUGAAGAUGUACAAACAUAUUUCAGGAGUGUACAUAGUGAACUCCAUAUCUUCAGGAAGACUCAUAUUCUGGAAGUUGGAUGAGCUUGAGCGGUCUAUUUCCAACUCCGGUUACACAUUUACCAGAACCAUGUUGAACCAGAGAAUGGGUUUCACGAAUGAGAAAGCUAGUAAAACCCUUACAAAAGAUCACCAGAAUCCUGUAAAGAAUCUCGAUGUCAUCAACGACAUAGGUUUCGUGUCCAUUCCGUAUGAGAUAGUGGUGACAGCAGACCGUGGUGGAGUAUUGAAAAUAGUUCGGUGAAAACGUUGCACAAUUGCGAGGAUUGUACUCCGCGAAGCCAUCACACAUCUAGAAUAAUCCUCAUUAAUAUUAUCCUCAAUUCGAAAAUAAUGCCAUUUGAUGACCAAAAAGGAAUGGCCAUUGCCAUAGAGGAGGCAAAGAAAGGUUAUGCCGAAGGAGGUGUUCCCAUUGGAGGAGCCUUGAUCCUGGAAGAUGGUACCAUCUUAGGCCGUGGCCACAAUAUGCGGUUCCAAAAGAACUCGGCCAUCCUCCAUGGAGAGAUGUCGACUCUUGAAAGCGCUGGCAGAUUACCAGGUUCUGCUUACAAGAACUGUACCAUGUACACCACGCUAUCACCAUGUAAUAUGUGUACUGGUGCGUGCUUAAUGUAUGGAAUCAAGCGGAUUGUGAUGGGCGAAAACGAGACGUUUGUGGGAGGUGAAGACUGGAUCAAAGAAAAGGGGGUAGAGCUUAUAAAUCUCAAUAACCAAGAGUGUAAGGAUUUGAUGGCCAAGUUCAUUAAAGAAAGACCACACGAUUGGUACGAGGACAUUGGUGAGUGAGCGUGGACAUCUCAGCAGAACAGACAUACGAUAUUAACUGCCUGAUACCUUUUUGCUCCCCUAUAGGUUUUAUGUAGCUGCAAUAUAUUGCACCAGUAAUAUAAUGGAUGCGCACCUUCAAGAUAAA